CCGGAGGCACAAGUAGCGUGAUAUUUUGAGCGGAUACAAUCCACGAUUCUCCCUCCAAAGGCCACGCACAAUCGUGGUCAUCUCGAUUAGCACAUGCAUGCUUAUUCCCUUUUCCAUCGCCGUCUCUACUAUUCCUCGGCCAAACCGAUCCAAUCUGCGUCUUGUCUGCUGCAUCCCUCGAGAAGUGUACAGAUCUUCCCCCCAUCAUUGCGUCUAGGUCUCAGCCCUUCGACGUUCUCUUACUCGCCUAAACGGACAAUCUCUACCUCCUCAUCGUCUUCGUUUCAGGAUCCGAGGAAGGCUUCAACUUUCUGGGCGAUCACAUUCACUGCUUUUGUCGUUGGUGGAGGAGCCUGGUUAGUGGAUAAAUACCGUCACGCCCUUGGAAACGAACCCCUUCCGCAGACGACCGACCACGUCCACAACCCUCCACAGCAAGAAGAAGAAGAUCUCUUUCUUGGUGUAAUUGAUACCCUAAAAACCAUGUCUACCGAAGCAGCACCCGGAACCGUGCGUAACCUCACCCCAGAACAGGAACUCAAGCUCCAGGAGUUUUGGAUUCUGCUGUUCAAGGUGUGCGGUGUGCACAUGGAAGGCGUUCAGCAGGAGACCGACAACGCCCCCCCAAGCCCCGUCGAGAAGAAACAACCCAAACGGAGAUUUGGUAUCUUUAGCAGAUCCCAAGAAGAGGAUGAUUCCGCCAGCCUCAAGUCGGCAAAUGGAGUUGCCGCAGGCGUUGCAUCUCUCGUAAUCACGGAUGGAGAUGACAAGUUCGGACAGUCGAAGGAGUUCCAAAAGGCUCUUGUGGAGAUGAAACCGGAGGAGAUCCGGACCACAUUCUGGAACAUGGUGAAGCAGGAUAACCCAGACGGCUUGCUUUUGCGUUUCUUACGGGCACGCAAGUGGGACGUGAAGAAGGCACUGAUCAUGUUGAUCUCAACAAUCCGGUGGAGGUUGCUCGAAGCCAAGGUGGAUGAUGAUAUCAUGCAGCAUGGCGAACAUCUUGCUCUGGAGCAGAUCGCGGGCUCCAACGCUGCCGAGAAGAAACAGGCGGAAGAGUUUAUGAAGCAGUUCCGCUUGGGCAAAAGUUUCCUCCAUGGUGUCGACAAGCUUGGCCGACCAAUCUGUAUCAUCCGGGUUCGUCUGCACAAACCCGGUGACCAGGGCACCGAAAGUUUGGAUAGGUAUACCGUUUUCACGAUUGAAUCGGCCCGGAUGAUGCUGGCACCUCCGGUCGAAACAGCUUGCAUUAUCUUCGAUAUGACCAACUUUGCCCUUGCGAACAUGGACUAUCAUCCCGUAAAGUUCAUGAUCAAGUGCUUUGAAGCCAACUACCCCGAGUCCCUCGGAGUGAUCCUCAUCCACAAAGCUCCCUGGAUCUUCUCCAGCAUUUGGAACAUCAUCAAAGGCUGGCUUGACCCCGUUGUCGCCCAGAAGAUUCACUUCACAAAGAGUGUCGAGGACCUCGAGCAAUUUAUCCCCAAGGAGCGCAUUAUUAAAGAGCUUGAAGGUGGCGAAGACUGGGAGUACGAAUACGUCGAAGUCCAGGAGGGUGAAAACACCCAUAUCAAAGACACCGCAAAACGCGCAGAGCUGCUGGCCCAGCGACAGCAGCUUGCUAAAGAGAUCCAGGACUUGACCAUUACCUGGAUUGCAUCUAAUAAGAAAAAGGAGGAAGAGAAGGCCAAGGAAGCCGCAGAAAAGAGAAAUAGCCUAAUCGAGCGUCUCCGCGUUCAGUACUGGGAGAUGGACCCGUACAUCCGAUGCACUACUUUGUACGACAGACUGAAUAUUAUCCAGGGCGGUGGAAAGCUUGACUUCUACCCAUCUGCUCGCAAGGAAAGCAACGGCGCCGCCGAGAAAGCGAAGGAAGAGCCCAAGGAGAGCGGAUCCGAGACGAACGGCGAGACAGCCGUGGCUGCGUAAACGUUCUUAUAUAAACCCCCCUUUCCCUUCCUUUUCUUUCUGGCCAUUUCUCCUCUUUUUUUUUUAGAUUGACAUUAAUAGAGCUAUCUUCUUGAUGUCUCUCAAAGUUCCUUCAUGUUACUUCUUGUCUGUAUAUAUAUAUAUAUCGCUUGUUCUCAUCUCAUUAGGUUAGCAUUGGAUACGGAAAUUUGGGACAGGAUUUAUCAUCAAUCCUUUUUGUCUACACCUACUCGACGUAACUAUACCCUACAGGUUGUCUACCUAGUUAACAAGGACCACGGGGAUUACGCAUCCACCUGAAACCCCGCAAGAUUGCCAACAUACUAUAUUUUACGAUGAGAGUCCAGUUAGUAGUUUACAACCCCUUCAGGAAUACGAUACAGUCUC